AUGUCUCCCUCGCCGAAUCAGUCCCUUCACCGACUGAGCGUAGAGAACUCUUGGUUUGCAACGCACCCAAUACUCUGGACAUCCCAACACCUCAAUCUUCUGGGCGUUCCCUUCCAGCACUUCGAAGGCCCCCUUCAUGCACCACAACCAUGCGGUGACGAUGUUAAAGACCUUGACGCGAUUGAAGUCGUUUACCAUGUCACCCGCCUCGCGACGGUUUCGUCAACCGUGAUGAAGCUCAAGUCUGCCUUAUACGCCGCAAAAUUCUUUUACGCAAGACGCCCCGUUCACGAAACAUUGUGCCAUGUUCUUCAUGUCGCCAAGCCAUCCCCCAAGAAGCAGCCCCCCGUGAUCGGCUACGCAUACUAUAAAGCUAUCAACCGGGAGCGACAGAGACGUUUCACUCCUCGGUUGCAUCCAAAAUCCGACAUCAAUCACCCCGUCGAGAGACUCUGUCGCCUCUACUUGCGCAAAGUCACUCCAGAUAACUGGUCCGACGACCCUUACAUCGUCUGUCUGCUGUUGGCGCUGGCACAAGCGCAAUCGAUCAAACAAAGGGAAGAAAAGUCGGAGACUUUCCCCGUGCGGCUCCUCUUGGCGGUCGACAGAGACAAGAAUUUCGCCCAUGUCUUCCAGGCUGAUGUUGAUGCGCAUAUCCUCAAAGCACUUGACGAACCGACACUCGACUUGAAUGGAGUUGCAUGGCCAAGAAUCACACACACGAAGGUAGCUUUGCAACCUUACCUGACCUUUCCGGGUCGCAUCGUGGCGGGGCUGCUUGGGUCUUGCAUAGAGGAAAAGGCUGUCGACGGAGUGUUGACAACUCAAGCUGAGAAGCGAAAGUAUGAGGACAACGCAGAGGCUCUCAUGAAAAGAGUUAAGACCGCGCUGUAG